AUGAAAGAAAAAGCCAUUGCCCCUGAUCCCGACAUAUAUGCCGUGACCGAAGGCUUUGCUCCGGAUGAUUGGCAAUCAGAAACAACAUCCAUUGGUUCCUCUCUAUAUCGAGGCUGUUAUGAAAAUGGGCGGAGAUAUCAAACAUUAAGGGAGGUUUCCUAUGUUCCCUCCGAUGAUCAACAAUUCGAAGCAUAUGAAGCCGGACACAUUACCGCAUUAAAUAUGGAUUCAAAUCGAGAAAACCCACUUUUCCGAUCACCGGUCGGAAAACAUAUAAAGCACGUUCUCGAUAUCGGAACUGGAAAGGGAUCAUGGGCAGUUGAUGUUGCAGAUUUAUUUCAAAAAGCUACUGUCCGAGGCGUGGACCUAUUCCCCCCGCCAAUAAACUGGAUGCCACCGAAUUGCGUCCUUGAGGUAGACGACAUAUUACAACCCUGGACAUGGCAGCAGCCCUUUGAUCUUAUCCACAUGCGAAAUUUGGAUGCCGCAUUUACACCUGAAGAGAAUGCACGACUAUAUCAACAAUGUUACAAUAAUCUACAACCUGGGGGCUGGAUUGAACAGCUCGAGAUAUCACACAAAUUCCACAGUGAAGAUAACAGCUGGCCAGAACACUGCCACGUGAAAGAUUGGGAAAGACUAAUGACGAGCGCCGCGGCAAAGUCCGGAAGGCCGCUUGAUCUCUAUCAUCGCUUCCCAAGUCUAAUCAAACAGACAGGUUUUGUUGAUAUACAUGUAGAAGAAGCCAAGUGGCCGGUUGGGCCGUGGCCCAGAGAUAAGCAGCUCAAGGAAGCAGGAUCUGUCAAUCUGGGGCAUUGGUUAACUGGAAUGGAAGGAUAUGCGAUGUAUUUGUUUACAAAAUAUGGCAGUCCGACUGCUUGGUCGAAGGAAGAGGUUCAGGUUCACUUGGCUCGGGUGAGGAAGGAGUUGGUUGAUCCGCGAUACCACCUUUAUCAUACAGUAAAACGGGUAUGGGCGCGGAAACCCAUGCCAGAGGAAGAUCUCAUUAAGAUUGAAGUGGAAUAG